UCCACCCACACGCGCACCCACACGCUCACGCGCGCAACGGAGAGUAUUUCAGAGAGGGUUGGUGCUUGUCUGGUCUUCUUCGCUUCCUCCCUUCUACCUCUGCCGGGUCUCUCUGUCCGCUCACCGAGCUUCAUCUGACAGCUACACCUCUGCGAUUUUUCUUCUUACCCGUGAAUAAACCUCCAAGACCGUCAAAAUGGCCAGCAGAGGAACUGUGAAAGCCAGUGGAAACUUUAACGCCAGUGCAGAUGCUGAGGUCCUGUACAAGGCCAUGAAAGGGCUGGGGACCGAUGAGGAUGCCAUCUUGCAGCUGUUGACGGCUCGCAGCAACGCCCAGAGGCAGGAGAUCAAGGCCACCUACAAGACUCUGUUUGGAAAGGAUCUGAUCGAUGACCUGAAGGGAGAGCUGGGUGGCAAAUUUGAGACCCUGAUCGUGGCUCUCAUGACUCCACCCCUCGCUUAUGAUGUGAUGUUGCUCCGCAACGCCAUCAAGGGGGCAGGAACAGACGAGAAGGUGCUGGUGGAGAUCCUCGCCUCCAGAACAUGUCAGCAGGUGAAGGACAUCGUCGCUGCUUAUAGACAAGAGUAUGACGACGACCUGGAAGAGGACAUCUGUGGUGACACUUCAGGUCACUUCAAGAGGCUUCUGGUUAUUUUGCUGCAGGCGAACAGGCAGACGGGGAUCCAGCACGGAAACAUCGAGAGUGAUGCUCAGGCUCUCUUCAAGGCAGGAGAGGAGAAGUUUGGCACUGACGAACAAUCAUUUGUCACCAUCCUGGGAAACCGCAGUGCAGAACAUCUCAGGAAAGUAUUUGACGCUUACAUGAAGAUGACUGGAUACGAGAUGGAGGAGAGCAUUAAGAGGGAAACAUCUGGAAAUCUGGAAGAUCUGCUCCUGGCCGUUGUGAAGUGUGCCAGGAGCGUUUCAGGCUAUUUUGCUGAGACUCUGUACUACGCAAUGAAGGGUGCAGGAACUGACGACGACACCCUGAUCAGAGUGAUGGUGAGCCGCAGUGAGGUGGACAUGUUGGACAUCAGAGCUGAUUUCAGGAGGAACUUUGCCUGCUCUCUGUUUUCCAUGAUCAAGGGAGAUACCGGUGGCGACUACAGAAAGGCCCUGCUGUUGCUCUGCGGUGGAGAUGAUGCGUAACCAUGGCAAUAAGCAAUACAACAGGAACCACACCUGAAGUGCCUCUUUCUUUAACUUAACCCUUUGGGUCCUCUCAGCUCACUGAAAGCUCACAACAAAACUUUCUUAAGUGUGAGAGAGAGACGGCCCAUGAGGUCUUUCUAAACUAUAAUUCCAAACAAAUAGUCUUUGAAAGGUAGCUAACAUUUUUUUUCGUGCCCACAUUAAUGCCGCUUUUGGUCGACUAACAUUUUCAAUAUGAUUAUUGUUAUAUUAUUCGUUUGUAAUGCAAAAACGUCAGACCACGAUUGUUUUGUUUGCACUUUGUAUGGCAGAAACAAUAUAUGCAAGAAUAAACAUUUCAGCUGAUGAAGUACAAUGAUAA